AUGCCAUAAUUUAAGAAAUAGAGUAUUCAGCAAUUACAGAAUUACAAUUCUCGCAAGAAACCACUGCCAAAAAUGGAUUAGGCAGAUUUUUUGGCUAAAUAUGAUGAAAAUUUUGAUGAUGUAUUUGGAGAUAAGCCUGUGACGAUCGAUUCACAUAAAGGAUGGAAAAUAAGGUAGGAAGAAGAAGAAGAUGAUGAAAAUGAGAAUGAUAAUGAGAGAAAAACUCAAAAGAAAAAAACUCAAGGCAAAUAAAGGAAAUAAUAAUCAAAAGAACAGAAGGAAUCUUAAAAAGAUAAUAAGAAAACAAUAUAUAAAGAAUAAUAGCAAUCCCUCGAUUAUAAGGAAUUUCAAGUAACCAUAUAUUAUAAAGAUUUAAAUAAUAUGAGAGAAUUCAAAGAAACUCUUGAGCCUAAAAUAUAAAAUGAGCCAAAAAUGAGUUUACCGAAAUUCCAGAAAUAAAGAAAAAGAAUUGCUAAUAAUCAUCUUUCUACUUUAAGAUCAAACUCUGAUGGGUGUGAUAGUGUCAGUAAUAAGGAUAGAGAGUCAAUAUAAUUGAAUAACAAAUAUAAUCCUAAUGAUAUAGCCUUACCUUAAACAGUUAUACCAAAGUCAGAAAAGAAGUAAGAUAAUAAGAAAACCAUGCUUUUUACUUUUGGUAUCAAUAGUGAUGAUAGCAAUAAAGAUACAAAUAAGAAAAUUAUUAAUUUAUUUAUGAGCCAAAAUGAAAAGAAAGAUCAAAAUUAAUAAAAUAUGGAAAAUAAACAAUCAGGGCUUUUAAUGAGAUUGAGGAAACCCUAAGAUAUCGAAUAAAGAGAAACCAGAAUAUUAAAUAGCGAUUAAAGAGAGAAAAAAAGAGAGAAGAGAAGAUAGUAAAAGCAAUCUAGAGAGAAAGAUGAAAAGAUAUUUACUAAAUCUCCUUCUCCUGAAAUGAAACUUAUCUAAUAUGAAACCCAAAAAAGAGUUAAAAGAAGUCGAAAAAGAGUUAUAGAGGAUUUGGAAAUGCUAAAUGUAGAUGAAUUAUCAUUAAAUCCAAAUAUUGUAGAAUGCAAAGCCAAUUUAUAUUUAGAUUACGAUCCUGUAUAUGAUUGA